AUGGGGCGCGGGGGCUUCUCAUUACCCAGCGUCUACUUCACAAAAUGGGUCGCCAUCCAAAAUAGUCGCCUUUGGGGCCUCUACAUCUGCGUCUACAUUAUCCUCGUCGCGCUGGUUGCCGCAUCGAUCGCCUUGUUCCAAGUCUACUUCGUUCCGGUCGAGCCACACCUGCGGCUGCAGCUUUGGAACGAUGUGACCGGACUCACCGGUACGGCAUGUCCGACAGACAACUUCGACUAUGACCCGGGCAAUGGGACGGGGAACUGGCAGUUCAUGCGCCCCCGCUGUGCCACGAGCUGCGCCUUGGGACCUCCCGAAGUGGGCACUGGGGCCUGCGUCACAGAGCGGCAAAUCAUCCGGCAGGACAACGACGUGCUCUUCUUUGCCACCGCCUUCAACGAAAAGGUUGACCUGCGGUACCAUAACAACAUGACCUGGAUGGCGGAGCACUUUGAUACGUGGCUUGCUGAGGAGCAAGCAAACACCAACGCCACAGUUCCAGGCAGUCCUUGCCCAUUCCCCGUGAACACGGAGACUGUAUCCACGGCGCGGCAGUGCAGGCAUCACGCCAGCUACCUGAUGCCACAGCAGUGGUUUGAGGCGCUCCAUGCGAAAUUCACGCUGGAGUACCAGGUCGAGGCGCCAGACGGCGCCUUGGCGGACGUCGCCGGCAUGACGACGGUCGUGAAGAACGCGGAUGGAGGGACCUACAAGGAGUUCGCUGCUGGACAGGUCUUGUCCCUCUCCGUCAAGGAAGCUUUGGAAGCCGCCGGCCUCGCUUUGAGCGACGUGAUUGAUGCACAGGUGAAGAAGCUCGGCGGCGCAGAUCCAGAGGAGAUUCAAGACACCUUGGCAUCUACGGAAGAUGAUUCCGACGACGUUCUUGUCGAUCUUCACCAUCAGGUGCUGAAAAAGACGCAGGGUGUGGUGAGGGCCCACCUACACUUCAUUGCAGGGCUGCAAGCGCUAAGCACGGCGCUGCGAGAACGCGAGCACAUCAGAUUCCGCGCGCAGGAGUCCGUGAUCGAGAUGUUCACCGUGAAAUGCCUGUGUACGAUCUAUGCAAUGCAGAUGGCUCAAUUCGCGAGCCAGUUGCUCCAUCUGCUGAUAAUCGCGAUCUUCAGCAGCCUCGCAGACGAAAGCAAGAAGGACCUGGCACUGUUUGUGGAGCGUUGUGUCUACGCAGUGCUUGUAUUGAGUCUGGUGCCGCCGUUGCAGUUUUUCAUGGCCAAGAGAGACAAGUUUGGCAUCUACACCCGCCUCCACUGUGCGAUCAGCCUCUUCACCAAAGGCCUACCCAUGAUCCUCGCCUGGGCGAUGAAGGACGUGGUAGAGUCCUUCCUGAAGCUCACGGACUGGCUUUUCUGGGAUGACCUCUUGGUUACUGCAGUGCCGCCCGGGCUGCAUCCGGGUAAGUUCGAGGGCCGCGGAUAA